CUGGAAUCUUCCGUUACUUCCUCUAUGAACCCUGAAUCACAUCUUGGACAGAUGUAUUCCGGGAGUUUGGGGUUUACUUCUCCCUUACAACAGUGACAGAAAAACCGAUGCGGGGGAACAGCCGCAGCCUCCGCCAUCUUCCCCAGACCAGCACAAACACUGACGUCGGUCCUCCACAAUCUGAAGCCCGUCGUCCGCCUCCAGCCCGGCAUGCACCGCGGCUCAAACCAGCCAAUCACAGCGAGCGAAAUGGAGUAGCGGAAGUGUGUGUGUUGUCAGCUGAGCCGCAUGUGUUUAGACUCUCAUCAGUGGUAUGUUUAAAAGAGAGGACCUCCUUACUCCUGUCUAUCGGAAAGAUGACUGCCCAGGAGGUGCGUCUUUGUGGUCUUCUGCUGAGAGAGCAUUUUGGAGAAGUGGUGGAGAAAGUGGGAACACACCUGCUCAGAAGUGGAGCGCAGAAUCUUAGAACUAUCAUUCAUGAAACAGGCCUCCCACUGGACCUGGUGAAAAAGUCCCUGUGUGUGCUUGUACAACAUGGGGCCUGUAACUUUCGCUCUGGUCGUAAAGGACCCGGAUGCCCCACUGAGUACCAGGCCAGCGGUGAUCGGAUUCUGAGAAUUCUACGCUAUCCGCGGUACAUCUACACAGCCAAAACACUGUACGGUGACACUGGAGAGCUCAUCAUAGAGGAGUUACUGCAGAGAGGUCACAUGACCAUGAGCAGCACAGUUAAGACCGUCGCUGACCGACUCACACAGAACAUGGAAGAGGGUCGCAGUAUGGAUUACAGUGAAGUAACUUCUGCCUUCUCCAAACUGGUGGAAACCCAGUUUCUUCAGCGCUGCCCUCCAAUGGGGGGAGCAAGAAACACAAAAGACAGUGGUUCUCCACCUACUCCAUCUACCCCAGCUACGCCUGGUACACCAGCUAGCACCGCCUUACUCACACCGGAGAGUUUCCCCGACUGCUACAAAGUGCCUCAUAUUACGCUUAUAGGACGAGGCAAACGCCGCCACUCCAGUGACGAUGGAGAGGACCAAAAGAGUGCAAAGAAGGCUAAAAUGGAUCCAGAGACACACGGUGAUGAGGGGAUUUAUUGGCAGGUGAAUUUUGAGAGGUUCCAUCUCCACUUCAGAGACCAGGCAGUCAUCAGCGCUGUAGCCAACAAACUAGACCAGACUUGCAGUGAGAUAGUAAGGACCAUGUUAAGGAUGAGCGAAGUGACGACUUCACCCUCAGCCACCUGCACAAAGCCCCUCUCUGCCAAUGAGAUCUUCAGGUCCCUCCCAGCCAGCUACAACAUCCUCAGACCCAUCUUAGAUCAGUACCUCACCUUGCUGGUGGACGAUCCGAUGGAGUUUGUGGGGAAGGCCGGUGAGAGUGGAGGAGGGAUGUUUGUUGUCAAUCUGCACAGAGCUCUUGCCAAUCUGGCCCGAGCCACACUUGAGUCUGCAGUACAGGAGAGAUUUGGCUCCCGGUCGGCCCGUAUCUUUCGUCUGUUGCUAAGGAAACGUCACCUGGAGCAGAAGCAGGUGGAGGAUUUUGCGAUGAUUCCUGCCAAGGAGGCCAAAGACAUGCUCUACACACUGUUGUCACAGAACCUGGUCCAGCUUCAGGAAAUCCCAAAGACUCCUGACUACGCUCCCUCUCGUACCUUCUAUCUUUACACUGUCAACCAGCUCCCCACUGCGAGAAUGCUGCUGCAGAACUGCUACAAGACAGUGGCCAACCUCAUAGAAAGACGACUGUUUGAAACCAAAGAGAGCAAGCGUUUGUUGGAGAAAUCCCAGAGAAUCGAGGCCAUCCUGGCGUCUCUGCAGGUCAGUGGUGCUGAGCCGGAACAACUGACAGAGGUCGAAGAAAUGAUCACCGCUCCUGAAAAACAACAGCUGGAAUCUCUACGGCUUCACAUUAACAAGUUAGAUUCAGCAGAGAACCAGGUAGAUGAAACCAUGUUUCUACUAGAAGCCUACGUCAGCUCUACUGCCACCUCCACAGCCUGAGAGUCCCAGAUUCAAGUGUUACAAUGCACCCGUAGUACUUCUAAAUAAUUAGCUUCACUUUUCUGCAUGAGUGCUGGAAAGUGCAACUGUUUUAUAGUUUGUAUGUUUGAUGUGUUUCUGUUUGAGGUGGAAUAAAAUGUGCUUAUAUGUUUAUUGUUUUUUAUUUCAUGCACCAACAGAUGAAUAAAGUUCUACUAGAAUGCAUCUUUUUAAAACUUUUAAUUUCAGUAAAGAACAAACACAAAACUGUUGAACAAACUUAAGGCAAAGUGAACAUCUGAAAUGCAAAACCAUGGAAGUGUCUGUAUAUUAAAUAAAAAGAAGUGUGGUUUAA